ACCAUAUGUUUCACUCCACAGUUGGCUGCAGAAGAAACUCCAUGAAGCCACCUCACAGACUCAGUGCCGUUACUAUCUGCAACUACUACGCGAGAAGCUCUGGCCCAAUACCAAAGCAGAAUGCAAGACGACACCUGUGAAAACCCCUGCCGAAAUGGAAGCUACCAAAGAAAAAGCCAAACAGUAUAUUUUUGACUUGUUUCCAUGUUUACUUGUGUUGUUCAUUGGGGAAGAAAAUGUACAACAUGCCAUCUCACAACUCAUCGCAGCUAUCCAGUGUCAGAGGCUCAACAGGCAUUUCCUCUUCUGUCUCUUGGACACGAUAUUCCUUCACCUGUUUCCUGAAGUAAAGUCCACAGAUUUCCAGCAGAUGUAUGAACCCAACAAUGUGGGGAGCUCUUUCUCCAGUGAUGACUUCAUGUUGUCGUCUUUGAACAGUUGAUGACUAUACCAAUUGCCAACAGCCUCAAAAAUAAAUCAAAUAACAACACACACAUUCACACACACACAUACACACACACACACACAUACACACACACACACAUAUAUAUAUAUAUACAUAAUUGUACUCGUGUGUAAUGUUUGCAUACGUUUAGUGUAUGUAUGUAUGUAUGUAUGUA